AUGAAGAGUGGCUUUGAAGAGGCACAGAGCUUUGGUCUGCUGGAUCCCAAACUCUGCUACCUGCUGGAUGGAAUCCUCUUCAUCUACGGCGUCAUUGUCACAGCCCUGUACCUGAGGGCAAAGUUCAGCGGGAGUGUAGGCGCUGAUGCCAACCAGCAGGGUUCCAACCAGAUCUACAAUGAGCUCAGUCUAGGACGAAGAGAGGAAUAUGACGUUUUGAACCAGAACUGGGCUGGGAAUCCUGAGACGGGAGGCAAAGAAAAGAAGAGGAACCCCCAGGAAGGCGUGUACAAUGCACUGCAGAAGAACCAGAUGGCGGGUGCCUACAGCGAGAUCCGGGUGAAACAGAAGAGGCAGAAAGACAAGGGGCACAAUGACCUUUACCAGGGGCUCAGUGCGGCCACUAAGGACACCUAUGACGCCCUUCAUAUGCAGACCCUGCCCCCUCGCUAAAAGCCAGGGGAUUUCCCACCCAUAGGCCUGACCUGCUGUUGACUGUGAAGGACAGAGGACAAAGCGUAUACAAUUCAGUUUAUUAAUUUCGCUGCCACUAUUUUAUGAAGAGGAUGCUUCUGGUUGUCACACCCGUCUUCUCCAGUUCCAAAGCACAGUACACAGAAUGUCGUCCCUGAACUC